AUGAUGUUGCCUGGCAUAUUGUUGAAAUAUGGGGUUUCUUCCUAUCUUUUCUAUAUUAAAGACGACCAGCGGCAGCAGCAAGCAAUCAAUUUCAUUUCUUCCGUCCCUCAUCAAAUCGAUCGAUUAUCAUUUCGUUAUCAUGAUCCUGAAAAGAGUUUUAUAGACAAUAAUUGUAUAAUUAGAACAAAAAUAAAUAUCGAUUCUAAUCGUGAUUACUUUCCAAUAGAGAAUCGCUUCAAUCAGUUACAGAAUAUCUCAAAUCGUAUUGAAACGCAAAGUAACGACAGUAGUUUGGUAACAAUUUCAGCUGGCGAUAGUAAUUCCAUAGUAUGCCAUUUCGAUAAUACUUGCGAUUUAACGGUGGUCAUCAGCUGUUCGAAAAAAAUCAGUGGUAAAGCUGUUAUUUCCAUUGAUAUUAAGUUUAAUAGCUACACUACUUUGGCCAUACAAAACCUCCAUUUGAUCUUUCUUAAACAUUGUCAAGAGCAAGGAGAUACAAUUACUAUCUCGUAUCUGGGACUUAAUAUCAUUACUGCAGCGGUUGUUACCUUUUUUAUCGCUUUACUCUCAAUAUCAAUAACGAUCAACGUCCAGAGUGCUAUCCGUGAUCAUAGUUAUAGCCAUUACUCUAGACAUGAACAAAGAAAUGGUGAGGUAGAUCUUCCAAAAGAAGCUUUCAUUAAGCGCAAACAAUUCGAUAUAAAAAGUGUCUUGAUGACUGGAAAAUUUAGCGGAGUUUAUAACGGCAUUCUAAAAAUGGAUACAUGUGAAACAAAACCGAUUUUUAUAAAAGCCUUGGAAAUAACGAAAAAUACUAAUGCCAGCCCUGAGCGAAAGCAUGAAAAGAAGUUUUUAGAAGAAGGAGCUAAAACUUACGGGCUGAAAGAUAGUAAUAUUCUGGCAAUAUUAGGAAUUUGCGUUGAUGAUAAACAUCAUAAGUAUUGUCUAUAUGAUGGUAAAAAUCUUCGUAAUUUGAAAAGCUACUUGCGUGGUAGGACUAAGGCUGUAACUACACUUAAAUUAUUGGAAAUGGCAGAACAAAUCGCGCAAGGUAUACGACAUUUGGCUAUUCGUGGCAUUAUUCAUAAAGACGUGGCAGUCCGAAAUUGCUGGCUGGUCUCAACAACCAAUUGCAAAGUAAAACUUGGUGACAAAGCAUUAGCAGAUUGUUUAUUUAGUGAUGAUUAUGUCAGUGUUAGCCAAGAUAGAAUACUUCCUAUAAGAUGGAUGUCUGUGGAAUCGUUGACAUCGUAUAAAUUUGACAAGAAUAGCGACAUGUGGUCAUUUGGUGUUGUAAUGUGGGAAUUGAUGACGUUAUGCCAAACAACUCCGUAUAAGUCUGUUGAAGAUAACGAUUUAUGCACUCAUUUAAGAAGUGGAUAUCGUCUAGAGCGGCCACCGAAUUGUCCUGAAGAGCUAUAUAGCAUCAUGCUUCGUUGUUGGACUACACCGGCAAAGAGAAGGCCUUCCCUGAGCGCAAUUAUUGAAGGGAUUGAAAAAUUGGGUCGACUAUUAAAACAAUAUAUUUAA